CGCUGCUUCGUUAUCCAGUCUAUUUAUACCUUGAAAGAUUGUCUCCAAUCCAUUUGCACAUUAAAUUAUCCAUUCAAAUAACUAACAUCUAAUUUGUCGGCUCAUUUUCAUAAAUUGGAUACACUUUCACAUUUAGUAGCCGAACAAGAUAAUGUUUCAUCACUACGUGUUGGUAUCAAUCUGUUUUAUAGCCUUCACGUCUGUUCAGCAUAUCGAUGCUACCGAUGAUAAUUUCGUUUCCGCAAAGGAACAACCUGCUAAAUUUGCUCCCAUCAGACGUCAUAUAAUGAAACGUAAUUAUUUAUGGGAUUCACGUUUGGGUAAGCGUUCAAUGAAUCGUGAAGCAUUUCCAUGGUAUAACCAUGAUCUAUAUAACUAUUACAAUGAUGAUAAUUUCCGAGGUUAUUAUACUGGUUAUGAUGACUAAUAAUGUAAAACAGUUUCGAAAUUGAAGAAAAAACACGAGAGAACUAAAGCAUUAAAAUUUUUCAGUUCUUAUUAUAAUGUAAUGUAUUCCACUUACUCUUUAUAUUUAAAGAUGUAAUAAAUUAACAAAACUACUGGUUUGAAUGCAUAAAGUCUAUGGAAUAUUAGAAUUUUGUGUUUCACUGAAUAUAACUUAAAUGAGCGAUAUUAAACCGUCUUUUUGAUUAUCGGAGCGAAGUUUGAGUGCGUGGCACUGAAUAAGGGUAGCUUAUGAUUAUAUUCAAGGAAUAUUUUUACGAAACAACAUUUAUAUACAUACUUAUUUACCAUUUUAUAAGCUGUUCUAAGUCUGUGAAUGAUCGAAAAAACAAUCCAGUUUUUUCAAUCGCGAAAUGUUAAGUAAGUUUUAACUGACUGUUCACUUAUAGUCUAGUUUCACAACUCUAUGCAACCGACUAAUUGUCCAAAAUAUACAUUUAAUUUUGUAACGUAUUUUAAGAAUUCUACCUAACGAAUAUCGAACCUCUUUACCAUUUUCGACCUGCAGAACAAAAUGUCUUGUUUAUUUGAUCUUCGGGGUCUGUAUCGAUAUAACAUUCCGUUUCAUCUUAAUUGUUGUUAGAUUUAUUAGUACUGUCCAGAAAAUUAGGAUUGCGACCCAUUAAUUUGUGAAUGAUCUAUUAAAAAUUUUUAGCAUUGAAUCAUCAGACGAAAUUUAGUUUGGCGGAGCGAAAUUCCUCCUCUAUAUUAAACGAUCCCUCUUCAAUUUUAGAAAUAUCUUGUUAUAUUGACGGUUAAAACGUCAUUUUUAAUAUUUAGAGAGCACUUAAUGCUUUGAAAUUGUAGUCUUUUCAGUGAAGCUUAUCAAAAGUUAUUGAAUAGCUGGAGAGAUUCUUGUCGAGGUAAUUAGAAAAGGCUGCACGAUGGUGUAGCGAGUAUGUGAUUUAUUUCAAUUCUCACCCAUAAAUUUGUUUGGUUUUACAGAAAUAGUUAUAUUAAAGUGCUAUAAAAUAAAAGAUGUAGGUUCGCCUAAUAUUGUCAUACUAUAACAUUCAAAAUCACCUAAUUAAUACUAUUGUUUUUUACUGAUUAAUCCGGAUGCUGAUUACGAUUUUGCUGGUAAAAUAACCUUCAAACUGUUAUCGGUAAGCUCAUCUGUUUAACAUACCUUUAUAAUAUAAACUAAGAUAUUGCGUUAAAGUAAAUUAUGUAAUUAUAGGAUGCUAAGUGAUAAUGAAAUGGUAGGUACACAUUAUCAUUAGAUGUCAUCAUUCAAAUGAAUUGAAAAUAUUUAAGUAAGCAAUAUCUUCUCAAAAUUAUUGAGCCUUCGAAUGUUGUAAAGUCACCUGUUGAAAAAAGGUUUUUCAAUAACUAGAGUAGUUACGUGUCGGAGUGAGAAAAUUGAAUUAGUUUUGUGUUAAUUUUGCUGUAGUUAUAUGCAACGGCUAUGUUAUUUCAUAAAAUGUUGAUUAGGUUCAUGUACUAGGUGUACAUUUUUUGGAAUUCUAAUUAGUAAUCUAAGUGUUUAAUGAUACUAAUUCAUAUAUUUUUAUCAUUUAAUGCCACCAUUGGUACAGACUAAGUUGAUGAAAAGAGAUAAGCGUAAAUUUAAACACAGGAUUAUUAGUCAUGCACUUAAACCAAGAACCUAGCAGCUUCAUGAGGUCUGGUCAAAUCGAUAAAAGGAUUAUGACUUUUUCAGUUCCAAAUCUAUUAAGCCCCUUUUUAUGUGUAAAACUGGAUUACUGAAACUAUCUAACUUAGAAUCAACACUGUUUAUUAAAAUAAUUCAGUUAAAGAUAGUUGUAAAAUGUUUAUGACAAAUGUGAAGAGGUCAAAACAUGUUUUCGUAGCCCUGUUCGUAUAGUUGUUUUCAAGUUGUUAAUAAAUGAACGUAAUGCAGAUUUUCACAUAUGGACUAGGGAAGACUUUAUUUCAAGUCUUCUGGAUAUUAAUUGGUUAUUAUCAAAUGAGUGAUCCAUGCUACAAAGUAAAAAUGCACAUUCUGCAAAUGAUGUUUAGUAUGGCAAAUUUAUUUUACAAACUUUUAUCAAUGUUUUCGUUAUUUAUAUGGAAAUUAAUCUCACGUACAUUACGUUGAAAACUGAAAGUCUAUGAAACUUAAAAGAAUCGCUCAUGUUUACUGAAUCAAGUUGUAAGUAGCUAGAGGACUGCACUUUUCAUUAAGGCCUGAAACAUAUUUUGUCUUCAGAUUCAACUGUUAUAUUGAUAUAGUAACUAUCUCCCUGGAUUAUAAUUUAAGGAUUGAGAAAGACGCAUAAGUCUACAGAUAGUAUAUUGUAUUCAAAGUGAUUGUUAUCAACUAAGAAACUUCUCGUUUGAUUUUUAACUAGAAAGAUAAAAUAUGUCAAUUAGUGUUAAUUUAUGUAGGUGAUGGUUGACGCAUUCAUUAUUGAAUAGUUCCGUUUUGUCGAGUUGGAGUAAUAAACUGAUUUUAUCUAACUGGUUAGAGUUUAUAAAAUAAAUAUAUCUGAGAUUUUAGAGAUGGUUUUUGCUUUGGAGCCCGAACAGCUGAAUUCAAGACGUUUUGCAAUUUUACACAUGUGGAAAGGAAAGGAAAUAUCCUCUUAUUUUCGAUGAUACUAAAUUCAUCUUACAUCUAUUUUUUCCCUCUAGUUAAAUAAAAAGCGUUCUCGAUCACCAUGUUAUUUUACUAAAAAAGGUUGUGGAGGGUGCUGAUAAACUGUUCUCACUCAGGGAAAUAAAAAUUAUUAUUAAGAGUUAUUCAUCUUAAUAGUAAUUCCGUUGCCAUUUCGUGAAUUGGUUGAUCCUAGACAUUAACGCCGUUGGAUGCCGGAUCAGUGAUCUAGAGGUUAAGCGGUCGCGUGCAAGACCGAUAGGCCCUGGGUUCGAAUCCCGAGGGAGGGAUCGAGGUUACGUACCACUGAGGAGUCCCACAAUAGGACGAAACGGCCGUCCAGUGAUUCCAGGUUGUCUAUGGUGGUCUAGCUUUAAAUGACUCAUGAAUUC